AACCGUCUUCUGCGUCUCUACAGCGUGGCUGCACAUCUGUACUGCCAGUGCCAGUCUGGAGAGAAUAUACAGAGCCCGCAUGUGGACUCCUUGCGCGGACACCACUUGGAUAUAAUGGAGAAUACACAUUGCCCUCGUUUUUUAUUAGAAUACCAAGUCCAUUGGGGAUAUGAAAACAGCAAGUAAAUCUUCUUGACCAUAUGUUGGUCUGGUGGAUGUUACAGUCGUUUUUGGUUUGAUUUUCUCUCAUUAAAAAAGUGUAUGGUAACACGUAAUAAACUGUCUCUCUGAAGCGCGAUUCGGUGCGUUUUCCCUGCGCUUCGGCUUUGGCAAACCGCUCUGCUCCCUGCGUCGGUAAAGCUGAUGUCUUCAUUUGACUCCUUGCAGUUGGUGAUGGUGGAUCUCUCUCGGAUUUCCAAUGUGGAAACCAGCAUCCAAUUAGUUUGCGAUUGAGCGCCUGGAUAGACAGCGCAGAGGCACUUUGGCCAGCUAGCCACUUAAGCGUGUAGCCUACCUGUGGGCAGACGCAUGGUUGGGCGCUCUGUAGGCUACAGAAUUCCAUUAAUUCUGAGUGGCAUUUUUACUUAUAGUUUUUUUGUUGACAUUGUCAUUUAAAUUGAACGCAUCGGAUCUUGUUUAUGUAAUCAGAUAAAACUGUACAGUCUGAUUAUAUCAUUUGGAUACAAGUACUUCUAACUCACCACGGAACGUUAAAUGCAUCGCUGUGUGUUGGACUUUAAUACCGAUACAAUUGCAGGUCUGCAAGGGCCAGAUUUAAGCUUCCUUCAUAGGAAUUGAGUCUAAGAUGAAGUUAUGGGAUGUUUUGGCCACGUGUUUGUUGCUCCUGAGCUCCGUCUCCACACGCCCCCUCUACCAAAACCUUCAGCCAGCCAAGAGAGCUCACUACUCGGAUCGGUACAGUGAUUCUCUGUCCCUGUCUGUGGAGGAACCAGAGCCAGAGUUCCAGUCAGAGUCUCACAGCCUGCAGGAAAUUUCCAUGGAGGAUAAAUAUGACAUCACAGGCCCAUAUCCGGACCAGUUUGAUGAUGUAAUGGAUUUUAUCAAGGCUACCAUUGGCAGACUGAGGAGAUCAUCAGAGCCCGCCGGCGGCUCAAGGGAAAGGAGGGAGCAGAGAGAGCAGGAGAGACAGAGAGGAGCAGCAAACGCGGACCGAGGAGGAGGAGGGAGAGGAGAGGGGAGAGGAGGACGGGCGAGAGGAGGACGCGCGGAGAAGAAGAAGGGUCGGGGGCGAGGGGGCAAAGGAAGGAGCAGUGAAAGAGGGGAGCAGCGGAUGAAGCCGGUUGAAGGCCGUGGCUGCUUGCUAAAAGAGGUCCAUCUCAACGUGACAGACUUAGGUCUGGGCUACCAGACCAAAGAGGAGCUGAUCUUCCGGUACUGCAGUGGCCCCUGUUCGGACGCAGAGACCAACUAUGACAAGAUCCUCAACAACCUCACCCACAACAAGAAGCUGGUCAAGGACAUACCUUCCCGCACCUGCUGUCGACCAAUCGCCUUUGACGAUGACCUGUCGUUCCUGGAUGACAACAACGAGGACUACCACAUUCUGCAGAAGCAUUCCGCCCGCAAAUGUGGUUGUGUUUGACUCUGGGAGAGAUGAAACGAGAGAGAAAGGCAAAAAGAGAAAGGCAAAAUAACGUAACGUGAGACGGAUAGUCCACUCCAGUGGUGUCUUAGGACCCAUGGCCAGUGUUAGCGUGUCCUGUCCUACUCCUGAGAAGCUGCAAAGGGUUGAACAGGGAUGGUGUCGUCCCCAAACCUCCAGUGAUUAAGCUGAUCCAGAGCCCAAGUCAGGUCACAGUGGAGAAGGGACUCCUCUAUGUUCUAACGACAGUUUAUGACUGACAUUAAAUUACAUCGAAAUUCAGUUUAACAGCCCAUUAAAGAGACAUUGUCAAUUCAGCUCAGUAUUCACUUCAUGGUUGGAUCCUGUCCUUGGAGGCCUACAUGGAUACGGUCUCAUUUACCUAUUGAACCAUGCUGUUAGACUCAAAGGCUGGCCUGCAAUGGAGUUGCUGAGACAGAACCAGACAGAGGAAAUCUGGAUAUUGAAAGCUGGUCUGUUCCUCAAAACGCCAGAUUCUCCUGGGAGCAUCUAUUUUCCCAGGAACUUAGUCAGCUCCUGAGGCACACAGUGAGAACAGUGAGAGCAGUUUUAGCUGCAGUCCAGUGCGUUCUGGUUCCACUGCACAGACUGGAGCUUAAAGUUUACAUUCACAAUGAACGAGGGAACGGGAGAAAAAAAAAAAGUAGAGAGGACUCUUCAACCUGUCGACUGGCUUAGUCCUACAGCAGGCUGUCUGGUGCAACACAUCAAUGUAAAAUCCCAAAUAUUUCAAAUUAUAUAUGAGAUGUAUUUAUUAAGAUUGAAUUAAUUUAUUGUUAUUUAUUGCAGUCCAUUUUAUGAUUUUCCUUAUUUAUUUGAGCUUUGUUUUGUCCUGGAUAGUGCCAAAGCAGAGCAUAUGUUUUCUAAGGGAAAUCAGAUUGUGCUGAAACAACCGGGUUCAAGGUGCAGCCAUAACUAAUCAAACUCAUCCUUAUGUUUCAAAACGCUGUACAGUUUGUAUCCGAAUUCCAUGGUAGAUAAUCCUAAACCCACUGCUGAUUCCAAAACAUCAUGGAUUUAUGAGAAUAACAUAAGGUAUCAGGUUUAGGGAGGGAAAGCAGAGAGAAAGAAAGACAGCUCGGAGUGGACCAAUUUCAACCUUUUUCUAAACAAAAAAAUCUUAUCUCUGCUUUCCGAUCAUUUUGAAGUAUGCCAGGUUUGAGCGUCUUUGACAGUGUUCCUCAUUUGUCACUAAUGGAAAGCAGAGAGGAUGGAGCGGCCUGGGACGUUAGGGGCUGAGGGCCUGGGAGAGACCAGUCAGCUGCUCCUCACUCCUAACUCUAUCAAAGUAAAGGGGUAAACAAACCAUGGCAUGCCAUUAUAUGUUUACAAAGGAGCAUACAAACCCUGCAUUCUCUGUUUUUUUUUUUUUUUAGGGCAGAAUAAAGUCGUACUGCCGGUGGUUAUCCCAGACAGCUGUGCAUCCUUCCCUACAAUGAUACUCCCCACAUUAAUUCAACGUUCUCUUCUUUUAUAGACAGAAUAACAAAAGGACCUCAGGAGGUACAGGACAGGUUGGAUAUGGGCAGCCUCCAGGUCCACUGCUUUCAACGCACUUUCAUUCUCUUUCAAUCACACCAUUUGUAAAGUAAUAUUUUACUGACCGCUUUACAAAAGACCACAAAAAAAAAAAAAUCAUACAGAAAAUCUCUGAUAUCAUAGUGAAAACCUUGAGGUGUGGAAAAUGAACCCAGUGUCCUUUGGCCAUCACAGUGCAGAAGUUGACGGUAUGCAUGCAUGCUUGGCUGCCAGGGUCUUAUAUCUCAACCCUUCAGCCUGGUCCUGGCUCUACACCAAGUCUGGGCAAAGGCUUUGUAGUGGUUACUGUCCCAGUAGGCUUUAGCGUUCCUGGGAGUGUCUCCGUCUCUGUUGUCUGCUCUGACACAGGUCUUUCUCACUGAUCUGGGGUUAGUUUGAAAACGAUCCUCUAACAUGCAGCUUAGCCCACUACUCCCACUGGCAAAGGCACCCUGGUGUUUAAAACCAUUUAAGGGAGAUCUGGCUCUGUCUCUCUUAGCCAAGCCGACAUACAUGUCUUAGGGCCAGACAGUACAACAAAGAGACGGACAUAGAUUGUGACAUUACUAAAGGGGAGAGAGGGGAGCACUGGGGUAACCAGGCAUUCUCAGUGUGAGCACUAUACAGUAUACCAUCAAUCCUCACCCAAAACAACUACUCAACAGAAGAAAAAAAAGAACACGAACAGAGGAAUCUUCAAAGCAUAUUACUACAGUACUAUGCCCUUGUCCCAUGUUCAUAUAGAGGAGCUUGUGAGUGAAACCCAGAGAAAGGGAGCCCCAGAGCAGGCCUUGAUGUUAGCAUGGAUUAUGGACCAGAGUAUCUGUGCUCACCCAACAGAAACCAAGCCAGCUUUAGCCCCAUAAUCUCCCCCAGCACACAGAACAAAUCCGCGGCAUCAAGAUGGAUUUAGGCCACUGUCAGAGAAAGAUCGACCCCUUUAAUCACAGCAUGCUUUUAUCAAUUGGAUCAUCAUCCCCUUUAAUAACUGAUUUCGGUGUAAGCCUUUCCGGCAGCCUCUUGGGCCCUUAACCUUCCGUAUGUUACUUUUAAGUGUGUGUGAACUGUGGCUGACCACUCCUCCUCUGUCUUUACACAUUGUUGUUUCCUCAACUGUCAGUGUUCCUUUUCCUGUGUGUUCAUAACGCUGGCAGUUAUUUUGUGAAGGUAAGGUGUGUGUAAAGGCAGAGGAAUCUCCAGUGCAAACACCAUGUAGAAAGGAUUGCAUUUUUUGUUUUCAGACCCAUGUUUGUGUUAUAAUCGCCUGUGAAAGAAAAGGUGUAAUGUUUUGUGUUACUGAACCAAAGCCCUCAACAAACUUUAUUUUUGUACAAUAUUCAUUUUAUAACUUUUUACAGAAUUAAACUCAUUUUUAUCAAAA